CCUGAGCCUAUAAGGUUUUGAUGUCGCAACCAAAAAUUCUCAAGACAACAUAUAGCGGUGUUCCGGUUUAUGAGUAUGUUGUGAAAGGCAUUGCUGUAAUGCGACGGUACUCAGAUUCAUAUAUCAAUGCAACUCAGAUCCUUAAAGUUGCGGAUUUUGAUAAACCUCAGCGCACACGAAUUUUGGAACGGGAAGUACAAAAAGGAGAGCACGAAAAGGUUCAAGGAGGUUACGGAAAAUAUCAAGGAACUUGGAUUCCUCUUUCUAGGGCGUUGGAGCUUGCUCAGCAAUAUAAAGUUGAAGAUUUAUUAAAACCGAUUUUAGAUUGUCAACCCAAUACGAAAAGUCCACCUGUACCUAAACAGAUUACUUCAACAUCUAAAAGAACGCCUCAAUCAACACCAACACAAAAACUAUUGCGUACACCAAAAAAGCAUAUUCCAACUGAUGAAGAUCUUAGUUCCAUUUCAAUGGAUGACUCAGUAUCUAUUGAAACACAUAGUACUCAAAGCAACUUAGAAUCCGAAGUAUCUGCAAUUAAUUCAGAAUUAGAUGGAGGAAUCGGAAAUAGAAAAAGAAAAUAUACGCAGCUGCAAAAUUUUAAUAAUGACAAACAAUUUAAUAAAUAUAGCGAAGCAUUACUUGAUUUUUUUAUGUCAUCAAACCAUCAGAGUUUACCAGACUUUCUCAUCCAUUGUCCAAGUGAUUUCAAUGCUAAUUCUAUUAUCGAUGAAGAAGGACAUACAGCAUUGCACUGGGCAUGUGCGAUGGGUCAUUUACGUGUUGUUGAGACACUCCUUGAUGCAGGUGCCAAUAUAUCUACAGUUAAUUUGCAAGGACAGACAGCACUUAUGAGGUCUGUUUUAUUUACAAAUAAUUAUGAUUUGAAGUCAUUUCCACAACUUAUGCAUAUUUUACAACCUACAAUACAUUUAUCAGACAAAUUUUCUCAGACUGUUUUUCACCAUAUAGCUUCAACAACAACCUCUCGUUCUAAAUUAUUAGCAGCUAAAUAUUAUGCAGAAACAAUAUUAAAUCGACUAUCUGAAAUCCAACCGGCAAACGAAAUAGCACAACUUUUAGAUGCAAAAGAUUCGGAAGGAGAUACCGCUUUAACAAUAUUUGCCAGGAACGGGGCUAGGAAAUGUAUUCGUGUUUUAACAAAUUUUCAUGCCAGUUUACAUAUCCCUAAUAACCAAGGACGAACAGCAGAAGAAUAUAUCAUUGAAUAUGAACGUCAACGUCAAAGUUUGCCUCAUAGACAGAAUUCAUUAUAUCUUAAUCAACAAUCCGUAGAUAAUUAUAAUAAACACUAUGAAACCUCGAAACUUUCAGCACCAUAUUCUCGAUUUAUGAAUACACAUUCUCAACCUCAUUUAUCUGAAGCAGCAAUUAAGGCUACUCAGGAAAUCCUUCCUGAAAUUCAAGAAAAGCUAAAGCUUCUAGCUAAUGCAUAUGACGCAGAACUAAAAGAUAAAGAGGCUUAUCAUACUCAGGCGCUUGAAUUACUUGCUAAUAUGAACAGGGAAAUUGAAAUAUCCAGAAAAUCUCUCCAAGAAAUAAUUGGUACUGAUCCAAAUGCUGCUGAAAUACAAAAGCAAACAAUAGAAAAUGCUAACAAAGAAAUGGAAGCAGCAUCUAAGAAAUUAAGAAUUGUUAUUGAAAAAAACCAAUCUAGGGAAUUAGCUAGAUUAAUUAAAGAAGAAAUACUAGCCUUUCAAUAUACUACUAAAUCACAUGAAAAUGAAAAUAGAAAAGAAAAAGAACGUUUAAUUUAUGAAUUACAGAACUUGCAGAAAGAACGUCGGAAACUUAUUGAUACUAUUGUAGAACUUUUUGCAGCGGCUGGUAUCGGGGAAAGAAUGAACGAAUACCGAAAGCUUAUUGCUAUGAGUUGUGGAUUGAAUAUUGAAGAUGUUGAUAAUGUUUUGGAUGCAAUUGAAGAAGUACUAACAGGCAAUCCCGAUGAUAUGACAGAGGAACAAGCCGAAUCUGUUGUCCUUGUUUAA